GAGAGAGAGAGAGAGAGAGAGAGAGAAGAUGUGUGACAGCUAAACAGUCACGGCUCGGACAGAGGGGGUCAAACAGUGAACUCUGCUCUUUACAGUUAUGAAUCAUCUGUGAAUAUUAUGAUUGGACACUUGGAAACCGCUGUGGUCAUGUGGGACAACGCAGGAGGACGAGUGGUCAACCGCAUCUUCUCACUUCCACAGGAGUUUGGAAAGUGACUUCCUUCAGGAUGAACUGUGCUGUGGUUCUUCUGUUAACAUCAAGCUGCUUCAGCUGGUCUGCAGCUGGAAACAUCCCCAGCGGAGCAGCACCCAAGGAGCUGAAGUACCUGAUUGACCCGCCCGUGUACGCUGAGGUCAGGGGCCGGAGGGGGGGUAGCGUCACCUUGCCGUGCAUUCUGAGAAUCAAACCCAGCCGUUACAGAGUGAAAUGGACAAAGCUUGAGCCGGGACACGUGGGGCCAGAGAAUAUCAUCAUGAUAUCGAACGCCCACGCCGUCAAGCCAUACGGCCGUCUUGGACCGCGGGCCUCUCUUCGAAAGGCUCACACCAUGGACGCCUCGCUGCAGCUUAGCCGUCUUGAGCUGGACGACGGUGGAAGGUAUCGCUGUGAGCUCGUCAACGGCAUCGAGGACGAGAGUGUUGUCGUAACGUUGGCGAUUGAAGGUGUGGUGUUCCCAUAUCAGAGCGAGAACGGACGCUACAGAUUCACUUUCUAUGAAGCCAUGGAGGCUUGUGCUGAGCAGGAUGGCUCGCUCGCCACAUACAACCAGCUCUACAGAGCCUGGACGGACGGCCUGGACUGGUGUAAGGCAGGUUGGCUCCACGAUGGAACCGUUCGAUACCCCAUUAUCAACCCUCGCCCUGUCUGCGGAGGAGAGCUGCUCUCCGGGAUUCGCAGCUACGGACCAAAGGACAAAGAUCACGAUCGGUUUGACGCCUUCUGCUUCACCUCUCAGACGUCCGGCUCUGUCUUCUACGCAUCAGGGUCCUUCUCCUUCGAGCAGGCAGGACAUGCGUGUCAACAUCAGGGGGCUGAGUUGGCGUUGGUCGGCCAUCUUUACUCCACCUGGCACUUCCAACACUAUGAUCAGUGCGACGGCGGAUGGCUGAGAGACGGGAGCGUACGCUUCCCCAUCAGCAAACCCCGCGAGCGCUGCGGAGGCACCCCCGAGGCUGGGGUGCGCUUCUUUGGAUUCCCGGACAAGACGACGCAUCUUUACGGAGCCUAUUGCUAUCGGUAGCCUCAAAUAAAAUCUAAAGUCUCACUGUCAACGAGCGCAAAUUGAUUUCACGCUGUUAUUUCCAGGAACAGCAGCAGCAAACGGUUUGAAUGAAGGCUCGUUCAUGCUUCCUUUACCUACAAAAAGAGAUACGUCCCUUUCAAACAAUGUAACUGUCACUUCCCACAUCCGCGUCCGUUAGGUUGGCAUAGUUGUUUAUCCAAUCAUCCACUAGAAGGCAGCACAGACAACAACAAGGCGUCGGCGGACGUUGUGAUCAUGUUUCUCUAGAGGACGUCAUGUUUCUCUAGAGGACGUCAUGUUUCUCUAGAGGACGUCAUGUUUCUCUAGAGGACGUCAUGUCUUACUUGAACCACUGUCUACACUGCCCCCCACGAUCUCCAGUGGUACUGCUACAUUUCAUCUUUGCGUCUGAGACAAUUGUUCCACCAAUACGGAUGAAAUGAACGCAGAGUACGGACAGAACUAUAUAUAUAUAUAUAUAAAUAAAACUAUAUCCGUUCCGUAUAUGUAUCUAACGUUGAGCAUGAAUGAGCCUUAAUUCUCCAGUUUUCCUGCGUCAUGUCACGUUAUCACAACAGGUUGUUUUCUUCUCACGUGAUAUCAGGCCACAUCACUUCUCCUCGACUAAUAACUCAUAAAUGUCUUUGAAUGACACACGAACACCAAAGCAAGAAAUCUCAGGUCUGACGCAACAGACAAUAACUGAAGUCAGACGUAUAUGGUUAUAUUUAAUUUUUUUACAUUUAAGAAAUGUCAUUAACCAUAAAAUGAUGUCAUUCUGUUCAUCCUUCUUUUCUGUGAUUCAUUUCAAACAAGCGGUGACGUCAUGGUGGACACUUGCUCUGAGUCAAACCCAGGUAAACAACCACGUGUGAUUCCAUCAGAGGCAAUAAUCACUGUCGGUCGGUGGAGAGACGUAACGCUCACUGUGGUUUACUCUGGAAAACACCAGCUUCUGUGAAUAACUGAAAUGAAUCAUCCUUUUCUUAACCUGUGAUAAAUAUAAACCUGCUUGUUCUCUGCUUGUUUGUCUCUUCGUGACCCGAAGCUGCUUCCUCUGACGUCAAACUGUCAACUAAUCACAUGUCAUUUCAUUUAUUCAAUAAAGUCAACAUAUCACACUGA